UUUUUUUUUAAUUUUGUCUUCAAUGGUAAUCAAAAUAACUGGUGUUUUACUAUUGAUACUUACAACGAUAGUGUCUGCACGCUUCAAUAUCGAUUGUGAGCAUGAUCCACAACUCUAUCCUAACUGGGUAGACAUUCAGCCUUGUUAUGAACAUCCAAUCCAUGAUGUCUAUAUAUUUGGUGAUUCAUAUUCGGAUAACGGCGAGCCUAUUUUAGACCAGCAAUAUUAUACGAAUCAUUAUUUUCCUGAUCGAUAUAGUAAUGGUCCUAUGUGCCUGGAAUAUAUAGCAAAAAUGUUAGGCUCCAAUUUAUUCAAUUAUGCUCAUUCAGGGGCAACGGUGGAUAACUCAAUUGUUAGGAGAAGUACACUUGAUAUUCAUCAACAACUUGAAUUAUUUAGACAAAGUGGAGGACCUCAAAAACCAUCUGAUAGUACAUUAUAUACGUUUUGGAUUGGCACAAACGAUGUAGAGGAAACAUUUAAAAACCAAGCAACAGAAUCAUUACGUAACAAAGAUAUAGAUGAUACAAUAUUAUCACUUUAUGAAGCAUUAGAAACACUUUAUCAUAUGCCAUCAUCAUCAUCAUCUUUUGCUGCACGACAAAUAUUGAUUAUGGGAUUGAUACCUGUUGAUCAUAUGCCAAUUAUAUCAUCGAUGAUCAGGUAUGAAAGUCAAAGACAGGCAAUGACUGACUUGGUUGCUAGGUACAACAAUGGAUUAAAAGCAAUGGUAGAAAAAUUCAACCAUCAGUAUGGAGAUGCGACAGUGGAAUAUUAUGAUGCUCAUUGGGCAGCAUCUAAACUCUUUAAUGGUAAUAGCAAGUAUUUUACAAGUGAUAGUGUACCAUGUGUAAAGGAUCAUGUUAUUUGUAAUGAUGAGAAUAGACAUAUAUGGUGGGAUGAUUAUCAUCCUACCACAUCAGUAUCGUAUGCUUUGGCUUCAGAUAUGUAUCAUACUCUCUUUGCUUGAUUAUUAAAUUAACUGAGGGCGGUGUUUUGAAAUCCGCAUAAGGGUUUCACCCUUCAUUCUUCCAUUUUUAUUCUUUUCUUUCUUUUCUCUUUUUACCUAUUUUAUCCUUCUUGUUAUUGUUA